AUGAAGGAGCUCUUGAGAAAAGUGCACCACGUCUUGGUAAAAAUCGCGUUUUUCCCGAGCACUUUGGGCAAAUCUGUGACUCUUCCCGCCGCCUCGGAGGUGCUCACCUGUCAUCUAGUUCAGCGAAAACUUCCACCGUGGACCUCUUACUGCGUCCGAUACUCUGCAGUCCACAAUGAUCAGUUUGGACUUUCCAACUUCAACUGGAGUGUUCAGGGUUCCAACUACCACAUUCUAAGAACAGGCUGCUUCCCUUUUAUAAAGUACCAUUGCACCAAAGCGCCCCCGCAGAACCUGGACUUCGAAGACAGGUUUUUCACCAUGCUCAAAGUUAUCAAUCUAGGUAUUCCCUGUUUAGCCUACGGAAUUGGUUGCUGGAUGGUUGUGGGUGCUGCCGAAACGGUCAAGACGAGCGUUGGUCCUGUCAAAGUCUAUUUUGCCUACAAAGAAGAAGAAGGUGCUCAAUAUUGA